UUUGUCGAGUACGUCUCUGGCGUGGUGGCUCGAUCAGGCUCAUGUCUGAUAUUUUCCAAUACAUUUAUUAUUUACGGCUACUGGGUAUGAGACCCAGACUGUCGAUGGGGUCGAUGUCGAUGUCGGUUUGGUCCUUGCUGUCUUACGGUCUUUUCACGCCGAACGAUGCUCCUGGGCGACGUAUAAAACUAAAACACACAUGAAUACCAUCACCAUUAGUUUGUUCCCACUCGUGUCUUCUCUUUUCACCCAUCCAGAACUAUGAAGGUUGUACGAAAACUACCCGGUGUCGUCUUUGCGGCGGCUCUUGCCUCUGCGCAGAUCCCUUCAUACCGCGGGGAGUUGCUUAUUGAACCCCUCCUGAACAAUGGCAUGUGUCUGACCGCGGCAAACGAUACCGAUGGUACUAUCGUCACUCUCGAGACUUGUACCGGAGCGACGUCUCAACAGUGGACUUUUACUGGCGGCACUGUCCAAGUCUACGGCACCAAAUGUUUGGACGUCACUGGUGGAAGCGACGCUAACGGCGUCAAGUUGCAAAUCUGGACUUGCUCCACUAACUCGAACCCCAAUCAGCAGUUCUACUAUACCUACGAUUUCCACCUUGCCUGGACUGGCCACAGCACGUGUGUCGAUCUCACUGAUGGAAAUCAAUCAGCGGGGAACCAGAUCCAACUUUGGUCUUGUGGGAGCAACGAAAAUCAGGUUUGGAACACAGGUUACCAUGUCUCUUCUCUUCCUACUGUCUCGGAGGAUGGCCAAAGCGGAACCAAUAACUGUGGAACCGAGAGCAGCAACUCGUCUAACUGUCAGACUGCUUGGAUUAAUUCUGCGGAAGACUUCUGUCUUUGGGCUCCUCCGUCGGUCGCUACCAUUGGAGACAGUGAACGAAUUGAAGUGGCUUGGUGCACCAAGUCUGGACGUGGUACGCGCCUCAUCCCUGACGGAACUCUGCAAGGUGUUCACUUUGUGCAAACUCCUGAUUAUGUCCAAGUAACCGGUGUCGGGGAUUUCACGAAGAUCAAUAUUGCCGCGGGUGACGCAGGAGGAGAACUGGAUCCUCACGGUGCUGAUGGAAAUGGAAACCCAAUUGGUGCCCUGGUCUAUGGUAAUGGAUUCGGAAGUGGUCUGCAGUACCAUGAGUGGACGUCUUUCAUUUCAUCCAGCGAGUUCUGCUUCCGUGCCUGUGUCCACUCGGAGGCUGCGACCUUAUGUCAGCACAUCUAUGACGUCAUGGGCUGCUACUGGAACAUGCCUGCCAACUAUGAUUCUGGUGUCUUCGAGAACUGUGCCGGAGACAAUGACCUUCCUAUGGGAGUCUAUGGAACAUCAACUUGGUACCAAGGUGUCGAGCCCACUCCUAGCCCACACCCAGCAGCGAGCUCAUCGAACUGCGCUGCACUUCCGACAGUUUCGGUUAGCCCUGCGUAAGGAGAUCUUGGAUGCCUGCUGUCCAAAAUAUUUUCCGCCAUCUGGCCGCUGUAGUGAAAAAAAUGUAUUUUGAAUAAUAAUACCAAUUUGCUUCCGAGAAUUCGUUUUCCG